AUGUCUCGAAGGCUCAAUUUCCAUAAGGCAUUAGCUGACUUUCUAAAGUCACCUCGUGAUAUCGAUAUCAUUUACAGAUCAUCAGCUAGCUUCGUGGAGUCAAAAACAAGUGGUAUUUGUGUGUUAGAUUCGUCUUUCAAUCCUCCUCAUUUGGGACAUUAUGCUCUAAUAAAAGAGGCAAUGAGACAUUUUCAAAGCAUUGGAGAUCUUGAAAAGGAAAAAUCAGUCUUGCUCUUACUUUCUGUCAAGAAUGCGGAUAAGGUUAACCCUCAGCCAGAACCAUUUGAUAAAAGACUCGAAAUGAUGUUCCAUAUGGCUAACUAUUUGCAGAAAAGCUUGGGUCUUAAAAUUGGGAUUGCUUUAACGAAGCAUGCGAGAUUUGUUGAUAAAUCAAUUGCAAUAUUGGAUUAUUUAAGAAAAGAAUAUAAAGUUUCAACCAUUAAAUUGACUUUCUUGGUGGGAUUUGAUACCUUGGUACGAAUUUUAGAUCCUAAAUACUAUUUACCAGACAAAUUGACGACUUCUUUGGAAGAUUUCAUGAACUCGGCUGACUUAUUUUGCCUCACAAGAAACGUUACUUCCUUUUCCUUAAAGGAUCAAUCGACUUACCUUGAUGACAUUAACCAAGGUAAAUUUCUGCAUAUACCAGCCCACUGGUCUGAUAGUAUAGUUUUUCCUGAACAUGCAGAUCAAGGUGUGAGUUUAAUUAGUUCAUCUUCCAUUAGGAAGAAUAUAAGAGACGGUAAAAGUGAUUGGAUUAAUGAUGUAAUACCUGAAAUCAAAGAUAUGAUAAUUGAUGAGAACUUAUACAAAUCCUAA